UAACAUUGAACACCACCUGUAAGCCAGGCCUUAAGAAAAAAACAUUACCAGGCACAGCCUGCCGAUCUGGGAGAGAGACCUUAGGGAGGGAAAGAUUUAAACAUAGUCCCCCUCCCCCUCUCCUGAGAAGAAAAGGACAUUCUGAUUCUGUGGCAGUUGACACUGGGGAGGAGAGGACCAUUUUGGACAGAUAAGGGACUAAAGGAACAGAAACAGGAACUUUAUUUGAUAGUCUGGGAACUUAUUACAAACACAGAGAAGAUCUGACUCAGGAAGUGCUGGGAAGCAGUCCAGUGUGUUUAUCCUGACCCCUGUUCAACUUCUUCCUGCAGUUCACUCCAUGCUGGGAAUAGACAACUCUCCUCUGAGGCUGAGACUAACCAGACUAUGCAGAACUUUCUACUCUCCAACAUUCUGUGGAACUGGGUUGAAUGGAUCGCAGCAGUUACUAUUGCUGCUGGGACAGCUGCAGUUGGUUAUCUAGCUUACAAAAGAUUUUAUGUUAAAGAUCAUCGCAACAAAUCUAUGGUAAACCUUCACAUCCAGAAAGACAACCCCAAGAUAGUACAUGCUUUUGAUAUGGAGGAUUUGGGAGAUAAAGCUGUGUAUUGCCGUUGUUGGAGGUCCAAAAAGUUCCCAUUCUGCGAUGGAUCUCACACAAAACACAAUGAAGAGACUGGAGACAACGUGGGACCUCUGAUCAUUAAGAGAAAGGAAACUUAAAUAGACAGUUUUGACACUGCAAACAAACUUGUCAUGAUGUUUUCUGAUUGUUUAAUUAGAAUGACUACGACUUCUGUCUAAUUCACCUCCCCUGGGUCCUAGAUGUUGUCUGUUGGAAACUGCAGCUUUCAUAUUCAUGGCAUUUGCCUUACUUGUUGAACCAUUGUGGUGUACAUUUGUUUAAACAAAAAAAGGAAAAAGUAAAAACCAAUUUCAUGGCUUGUGGGUUAUUUUGGUCUUGUAAGGAUCCGUUUCUUUAUGUUUAAAGUAAUUAUAUUAGAAUAUAGUUCUGUAUUAAAGUUACUAUUAAAUUAUUGUCAAAAUCCUGUAUAUGCAGGUUGUACUUAGAAGUUUCAAAGAAAAUUACCACCUUUUAAUAUUACUUAGUUAACCUAGAAAGUAAAUUGGGUGUGAUUAAGGUAUAUUAAUCUCUUAAUAUAGGAAAAACCUGUUACGACCAUGAUUCUCUACUUGACAGAGAUGAUGACACUGAGAAAAUAUAACUUCUAUAUUUUCAUAGUUUUUAAUCAAAAUGAACUUGGAAUGUUACUCUGCUUAAUUAUAAGUGGACCGGACCUAAAAUAAAAGGGCACAGUAGCUUCUUUAUUCAUUUUCAUGAGUAUUUAAUUGACCCAUGAAAGGAACCAAUACUGGAAAUUUAGAUCAAAGUGAUAUUAGAUUUAAAGUAGUCAUGAAGAAGGUCUUAAAAUGUUAAUGUUCCAGGGUUCUAUUCCAAGAAGUGGCACUUGUAGCAGGAACAUUGAAAGAUUUGGAACACAUGAUGUCAAGCCUCUUGAACAGAGAGCCACACAUCCAUGACAGAAAUAGUAGUCACAAAGCUAGAUCAAAGGCACAGGUAGAUUUUAUUUCCCACUCUCCAAAAUCAGGCACAUGCAUAUUUCUAGUAAAGAAACUUGGGGGAGUAAAACAACUACAUUCUCUUAAAUUACAUGAUCUUAAAAGCAGAAAUUUGAAGACAAGUUUUUGUUUAAUAUUUCUCAAAGACUCAGAAAUAUUGCAUUCAUUCCUGAUUCAGAAAAAAAAAAAAAAAA